UUUUGUAGUCUACUUCUUAUGUAGAUACGAGAACAUACUCUUCCUUGUCUGGAUGAGCAAACACACGUGGACUUAUUUUAACCUCUUAACCAAGAAGUACAUAUUACACAUUGCUUAGUAUUUUAUUUUGACGACAAAACUCCCAAAUUUGUGUACUCUAUAAAUUACACUGACUCCCAAAUUUAUAAACAAAAGAGAGCAUAUUUCUUUGAUAUUUUGUGGAGAACGUGAUGCUAAAAAGUGAAAUUUUUCGAUGUUUUCCCUAUCCCGAAUAAUGUUAAAAAGUGGAUUUUUCGUGUUUUUUACCCCUUAACGUGGGUGUGACGGACGAAACUAAGGUGGCCAUCGAAUUAAUACACCACUUAUAUAUUCUUGCUCACACAUGGGAUAUAUAACGUGUCCAAAUUACAUCAAAAUCGUGACAAGUAGUGAAGCUCUGCUCCUCAGUGAAAUACCAUCUUCCACCAAUUUCGCCCACAAUGGGAUCGACCAGUUCCACGUCCACCACCUCCACUAAAGCUUCCGGCAAACCAACUCUUGUCAUGGAUUCGCAAAAUUUUUUGCCACCCGAUACGUCCAAAUCUUCACUAUCGGAAAUCAACGUGCAGCUAAAGUCUCAUGUUCCAAUAAUUGUGAAAUUUCGACGGUCCGGUGGAUCGAUUUGGAUCCAGACAGAAAAUACCCCCACCACAAUGCCACGUGCUCCGCCCCCGCCAAAAAUAUCCAAAAUGCCCUCGCUCCCGCCAAAAAUAUCACUGGAAACACCCCGCUUCCAAAAUGCGAAGCAGCUCGUCGACCUGAUUCAAACUUGUCGGAUAUGUGACAAGAGUUUCCGCUCCCGCCGCGAUGGGGUUGACCAUCAAAGAAAGGAACACAACUUAAGACAUUGUCCGGUCUGUUUCGACACCAUUUCCCGCCAAGGAAUCGACUUCAAAGAGCACCUUAAAAUGUACCACGUGCUCGAAGAGGACAAGGAGUUGCUGUCGUGUCCCUUCUGCUUGGCAGAACAGAAUUGUGAAGGGCUGUACCGCCACAUCAGCUGGAGUCACCUGAUUCCCGUCGAGGUCAAUAUCGCUAAUCGUGAAGCUACUUACCCCGUUAUGUCAACGCCACACGGUAAUGAACACCACGUGAGCACGUGGGAAGGGAGUGGACCAUCCCAAAAUCAUCCGAAAUUCCUGCCAAAUCAAACGUCCCCGCCCAAUCCUGCAUAUCGCAAACCAGGCCCGGCAUCAAAAACAGGCCGGAUUUUCAACCAGGGGACGAGUUUGAUGUCGUUUGAUGAUUUGUCGCCAUCAUCAAGUCUGCAAGAAAGCUCCAGCUACCGCCCAGAAGAAUUGAGGCCUUCACAAAUUUCGAAACUUAGUCAAAUCUAUCAGGAGUUGCAGUGUUACCCGGAAAAAAACCUGAUCUCCAGCACGGCCGACCAGUUUGAAGUUACAUUUGCCGUGGUAGCGAAAUGGUUCACAAAGAAGCACAUGGACCAAUGUCAGCGUACCCAGUGGAACAAACGACGACAGUCAGAACCAAAAUAAUUGCUAAAAAAUUAUAUGUACAUAUGUACCAAGCCAUAAACGCUGUCUAAUGCAAAAUCACUAGAUAUAUGUAUGUAUGGGUACAAACUCAAUCUGAGAUUUUCAUGCAAUAAAUACGCUAUCUAACCUGAUUGACAUGUGGACAUCACAGUCACAAAACAUAUGCACAUAUGUACUUCGAACUUGAACAAAGAAGUCUUUGAAGUAAUUACUUCAAAAUUUUGAAGUCAUUAGUUGACUGACUUGCGUAAUACCUAAAUAAUACAAUUCUCAAGGACUUAUUUUAUUCAUGAGUAAAGAAAGCAAACUUUUCUUUCACUCUUGUUUUGCGAUAAUCUUGCUUGUUAGUGGUAUCCUCUCCGAGGAAGUUUGUGUAUAAAUAUUCUUGUAAUAAAAAAUGUAUGUAUUUA